AUGCUCACAAACACGUCUCGAAUCGCUCUAGCAGCCCUAGCCACCGCCAUACCCGCCCUCGGCGCCACGAUCGACCUUCAGGCUCGUCAGCCCAAUCAAAUGGUCGCCGCCAUCUGGUCCGCCCCGGACGCGGACAUCGACAUCGCAGUCACCAAGGUCGCCAGCAACUUCGCCAUCAUCACCUGGGACGGAAAGGUAGUGUACGACGGCACUGCGGACGGCAUCAAGUGCGACGGGAAGACCUACACCAUCAGCGGCGGGUGUUUCGGAUCCUCGCGCUCAUUCAGCUGUGACAUGGGCGACAAGAACCCUAAAACAUGUAAAAGCGAUUCCGAGGGCUUGAGCAAUGUGGGACAGCCAGAGACCGACAUCACUGGGGGGGCCAAGAUCACGUCAUUCGCUUGCACCACCUCGAUCAUCCUGGAGAGGUCCGAGAACUGCGAGCCGGACAGCACGGGGUUCAAGGUGGAGGUCGGGGAAUAG